AUGCCUUUUCAGACCAGACGCGCCAAUCGAAGCGGUUACGCCGAACACGAUGACUUUGAAGGUCUUCCCGUGCGACAAUGGCGGCAGGAGUGGGUGAACGUAGCGCCACCACUUCCCCAAGAGCCUCUGCAACAAAACGACGUCUGGGCCAUUGAACUUUUCCACGGCAUGCCAAAAGACUCGGCUUUGCUAGCGCCGCACAGCCAGGAGCUUCUUCGUGCCGCCCGAUCCGGCCAAUUGUACAAGCGACCUGUGCCCGCCGAGGAAGAAGAGGCCGAAGCGGAGGUUGCUCCGGCCGUAGAGAAGAAUGAGAAGAAGGAAGAGGAAACUACAGUCAAGGGGUUUUCUAUCAAGCUGUGGAAGCAGAUCCCGCGCACCAACGAAGGGUCGGGUUUAUCUCACCUAGCUAAACGGAGAAAGGGCACCGUCACGAUUGCGAGCAGGACUAUCGAAGACAGAGCUACAGGACCGACAGUCACGAGGGCAACUGUACGAAGAAUAGAUGCUGCGGGCAAUCCGUACACGGAGGAAGUGACACUUGCUGAGGGUCAGCACGUAGUUGGAGAGAUCAUCUCAACGCGUGUUGAGCCCGCUCCUGCCCCUGCUGCGGAGGCAUUUGUAGCUCCUGUGCCGCCCCCGAGACGACGACCGCCGCCACCCAAGAGAAAGUCCAAGGCCGGCCCUGGGCGGGGAAAGAAAAAGAUCAAGAAUCCACUCCCUGGUGAAGGUCAACCCGCUGGUGUCGCUUCGGCUGGUGGGGGUACAGCGUCUUUUGUCAAGAUUGAAGGCCAAGAGGAGAAUGGUAUCGCUCAAGAGGGCGUCAGUACUCCCAAUCCCGAUAGCGAAAUGGCAGAUGGCGACGAGGAUGAAGAUGAUGAUGAGGGAGAAGAUGGUGAGGACGGAGAAGACGAAGACCAAGAAGAUGUUGAUCAGCAGGGUGAUAAUGCCGACGACUCGAAGAUUCGGGAUGAGGAGAUGACAGAUGUUGUGGGAGAAGCCAAGCUUCCGACCACAAGCAAGCCAGUUGUUGACGCUAUGGAUGGCAUCACGCAGACGGAAGUGGUACCGCCCCUCACCCUAGCGCCGCCUCUCGCCAAUCUUGCGACCAGCUCGCCCAGGCCUGAGGGUAGUCCAUUGAAGAACGUGAUGCUGCAGUCGCCUACCGAAGUGCAGACGCAAGAGGCCCUCCCUCCAGCUGUUGAGGAUGCGCCGGUAUCCGGGCUGGAGCCUACGGCAAUACCGGGAAUGACCAGCGCGCCCAGUCUAAUGGUGGAAAAGAGCCACACAACUGAUGCCGAGUCCAAGGUGGAGUCGAUGAUUGUUGAGCCUGCAUCCACAGUUGCUGGAGAUGAAGACAAGGCUCCAGCCCAUGUAGAUGUGCUCUCGGGAGACGCACCAGCUGGAGAAGCUCCCAAAAUUGAAGGGCUUGCUGAGCAGGAACACUCGGAAACAAGGCCCGAGGCCCCGUCACCGCCCAAGACAGCUAGCCCCGAUGUCGCAUCAAGAGAAGAAGCUCUGCUGCCGCCUCCGCCCGAGCAGGUAGGCAACAUCUCCAGCCCAAAGGCUGACGACGGCCAAGACAGAGUUUCAGACAGCGAAGACAAGAGCAGGGAAAGCCAUCAUUCCGAUUUCGCCUCUUUUUCCGACCGCCCGCCGUUACAUCCUCACGAUUCCAUCAUGACUGAAGACACCAUCAAACCUGAGGAUUCUGCGUCCGUCAGGUUCCCCCUCACUGAGUCUGGGGCUCCAUCAGAGGUUGGAACCGCAUCUGUAGAGGAUACAAAGGAUCUAGCGGUGGCACCGGCGGAGCCGGUCGAAGGGCAGCCAAAGGCGCCUUCACCGCCCAAGGAAAUCUCUCCUGCUGCAGAGGCUAAAGAGGACACACCUUUGGUUAAUGAUCAAACGCAGCCCGAGAAACUAGAAGAGGUGGAAGUGUCGAAAGACGAUGCGCUUAAGGAAGCUACUUCCCCUAAGCCCAAUGCAAUCAUCACCGAUGCUGCCGAACCUAAGGUCUCGCCUCCUGCCCCUGAGCCAGAACCGAUACCUGAAGCUAAAGAACCGACCCCACCCGCCCCUGUGCCGGAGGUCUUUCACGAGGAGCCCGUGUCCGCGCCCGAAGAGGUAAAGGAGGCGUCCCAUGAGGAAGCAGCAGCUCGGGAAUCAGAUGUGCCCAUGGAAGAACCAAAGGCCGAGGAGCCAGCUGUGGAACAAACGGGGCCGGUCGGGGAAGUGCCCAAAGACGAAGUCAAAGAUGAGCCCACAGAAGAAUCAACAGUUGAACCAGCUUUAGAACCAGCACCUGUCGACAUUCAAGCAGAAGCCCCCAACGCGCCUACUCCCCCUGCAGCUGAGCCGCCCACAGCAGACGCAGUCCCAGAGCGUCAGCCUGCAGAUGAAGAAAGGAAUGACGACCAGCCAGCGAAUGCGUAA